AUGAAUAAUGCUAUCUUACGGUACAAGCUAGGUGAGAUCGAUGGUGACCAUUUGACGCGGUUGGGUAGACAGCUUGAGUUCGCUAGAAUCCUGGAGUGUGAUUCCCCCCGCUGUUAUAGGCACUCGAGAAACAAGAAGGUCGCUACUGGUGUUACGUGUCUUGAUUUGGAUAACACAACGGGUGGAUUCAUAUUGAGUAGCGGCGAUGAUGGUUCAUUGUCGUUAUGGUCAUUGGACGAUCGCUUGGACCGUUCCACCAAUGUUUUGUACAAUAAACGGAUCAAUUACGUGGCUAGAAGUCAGGCUGAUGAUGACGUGAACUCACAACCAUUUAAGAAACGGAUAUCCGACUCAUCUGAAGGCCCAAGGAUUGUUCACAGUUUUGAAACUAAGCAAAACAAGUUCCGGAUGUAUCGUCAAUCAUCGAGCCAGGCUGCAUCGAAGAUUGGCCCCACAGAGGAUUCCAAUGUGGGGCAAGGCCAUCGGUUUGCCAUAACGUGUAUGAAGUGGUACUCUAUAGAUAAUGGUAUGUUCUUUACGGGCUCGAAUGAUUGUAAAUUGAAAUUUUGGGACACCAAUGCCUUUGAAUGUGUUCAAGAAAUUGAUAUCGGGUACCGAUUAAACCAAAUAGACAUUGAUACGGACGGCAAGUACGUUGUAGCCGCAAGUGAAGACUACUAUCCUCGCCUAAUCGAUCUGCGAACGGUUGUGAGCUCUGGAAUUACCAACUUAUCACACGGCAAGAUGGACAGCGAGAUACUGUGUUGCAAAACAAACCCAACAAAGCCACAUAUAAUUGCCACAGGCGAUGCCCAAGGCAACGUAAAGCUAUGGGACCUACGUUACGCCAACAGGCAACUGCUUUCCCUCGAACAGCAACCUUCAGGCAAAGCUCAUCUCCGAGGUUGCAACGACAUAUGCUGGGACUCAGCAGGCUCACAGCUGGCCAGCACGGCCACGGACGGUAAAUGCUGCAUAUGGUCGCCCUUUAGCCCUAGGAUCCCACCUCCAACGCAGAUCGGGCCAUCCGAUCCCAUGCGGAACCGCUACAGGAAGCGCACAUCCCAAAGACUACUUUGGAUUGAUACAUUCCUCGCGCACAACACAGACUACGGUGACUUGCAAAUCUUUGAGACUCAUCGGGGCAAACUAUGGAACAAGAUAGAUCUCCCAACAACCUUUGUCAGUAUCAAAAACGCUACACACAAGAAAUUGACCUCUUUCUUCACAGGAAUCGCGCUCCAACGCAGCACUACGAAUUCCACCGGUAUAAGACUCUUCCUGGGCACCAAUGCACCCUCCAUGGACGCAGGUAACGGUUCCAUUUACGAGUAUGUGGCCAACUAUCUCUAG